UAGGUGGCUACAGAGCCUCUCCCUGAGCGGACUGGGUUUUCUCUUCCCUUUACUUCAAAGGAUUGGUCUGGCUCUCAUCAACCCACCCCUCCCCCAAAUCCCCCCCCAGCGUGGCCAGUCUCAUGCCCGUAGCCAGAGCUCCCCAGUUGCUUUACGGGCUGCUGCCCUCGUCAAUCCCCAAGGCCUGUCACCUUCUGAAAAACUCCUCCCCACCUUGCCCUGGGCAGCACAGUCGUCUCCCAGUCUCCUGCUUCUAAAAGUGCAGGUGACGGGAAGACUUAUUCCAGCCCACGCAUUUUUCUGUAGUGUCUAAUGGAAGGAAAAAAUCAAGGACUUUUUGCCUUCCCUGAGGGAUUCCGAUAAUGUAACUAAUCUAAGCACCCAGAUACAUUUCUCCCAGCUGUCAUCUUCAGCCCAGCUCCGACUGCUUGGGCGGCAUAAUGCAGAGCUUGAACGAAGGCUCUGCUUUUUCUGUCCUGAUGAUUUCUCGCCCUCCUGAAAGAAAUGCCUGCUUAGCACUCAGAGGUCAAAGACUGGAGGGAGUUAAUUGUAAAACGAGUGUGUCCAAAGUCUUUGUAAGGCCACAUGGAUGGGGAAAUACCAUUGGCGCUCCCUGCUAUCCAGCCUCGACUCGUGGCUGUCAGUAAAACCAAACCUGCAGACAUGGUCAUAGAGGCCUACAACCAGGGGCAACGCAGUUUUGGAGAAAACUAUGUUCAAGAGUUGCUAGAAAAGGCGUCAGACUCCAAAAUUCGGUCUUCAUGUCCAGAGAUUAAAUGGCAUUUUAUAGGCCAUCUGCAGAAGAACAAUGUCAGCAAACUGAUUGCUGUCCCCAAUCUGUUUAUGGUGGAAACGGUGGAUUCCAGGAAACUGGCAGACAAGGUGAACAACUCGUGGCAGAAAAAAGGAUCGUCGCAGAGGUUAAAAAUCAUGGUGCAAGUUAACACCAGUGGAGAAGACAGCAAGCAUGGCCUCCCGCCCGCAGAAACGGUGGGAACCGUGGAGCAUAUCAUCAAGCAGUGUCCAAGCCUGGAGUUUGUCGGCCUGAUGACAAUUGGCAGCUUCGGCCAUGACCUCAGUAAGGGCCCCAAUCCUGACUUCCAGAUGUUGAUAUCCUUGCGCCAGGAAGUGUGUGAAAAGCUAAAUCUCCCCAUUGAAACAGUUGAGCUGAGUAUGGGCAUGUCCACGGAUUAUCAACACGCCAUUGAGGUUGGCUCCACAAAUGUCCGGAUUGGAAGCAUCAUUUUUGGCGAGCGGGACUACUCCAACAAACCGGCCCAUGGCAAGGCCCCGGGUGAGGCCGAAAGCCGAGCAAAGACCAUGGCAGCUACGGAGCACUAAAUGGGAAGAAGAAAGUGGAUCUAAGCUACAGCACACCAGGGAGACCUAACUAGGCACUUUCAUCUCCUUCUGGAGCGGCAGCUUGUCAUGCUGGCGAGGGGAAACACCUGGUAAUAAAGCAGCAGCAUCAGAACUGAUAACGAUUAUUGUGUGAGAGUAGGAACUGGAUUUGUACCCGCAAACAACAUGAAGAUUUGUGAUUGAAAACUGACUUCAGUAUUGUAGCUAAGGACAAUCACUCUUGGACCCCGUAUCGGACAACCUGAUUAAGCCCUAGAAUUGAGUUAACGAGCGAGAGGCAUCUCCAGCAGUCUCAAGCGAUUCUGGUUUUAAUCUGAGGAAUGGUUUGCCUGAUGGAGAACUACCUUCUGGUUAGCCCGUUUUCUCUGCGGCAUUGUUCAGCCUCCGCUCGUUUUGUGUGAGAAGCUGUGUGGUAUGAUUGCACCGUACGUGUAGGUAGAAGCCACUCUGUAGAGACCUGUCACACCGAAUGGUACUGACGCCCACAGCUGAGUGAAUAAAGACCACGGUUGUUAGUGUAA